AUGAAGGCGUCCACGAUUCGAGAGCCCGCUGGCUCUUCCUCCGGCCCCGGCCGUCGCCAGUCAGCUCGACAGCAGCGCACCACUGCGACCCGACCGGCCAACUACUAUGCCCGACCUUUCGCUCCUCGGGGCCCCAUGGGAGGCGCCGACAAUGCCUCGACGAACACCGCUGCGCCUGGCUUCUUUCCAGCCAUCACACAUUUCACAGACACUAUAACCGCGCUGCCAAAGGAGAUUAUGAAGCAUUUCUCCAUGCUGAAGGAAGUCGAAGCGAAGACACACCAGCCAGAUGACGAGCUGCAGAGGCUGGCGGAACAAGUUUCGCAACUGCAUGCCCCGACGCGUCGGGAGGCGCAGCUCGCAGCGCUCAACACCGCGAAUGCAACAGGACAUAACACUGCCAAUGGAAGCGUUGCCGACUCGGUCACUCAAAACCAGACGCCUACCAAUCAGCAGCAAGGCAACGAUCUGCUCGAAAACGCGAACAAUGGCAAACUCAUGGACGAGGCUUCCAUUUUAGCCCGUCGUGAGCUGUUCCUCCGCUAUCGCUAUGGCUUAUCGCAAAUGUGCGCAAUGCUCGACGAGAAGAACGCGGUGCUUUCCAGCGCCAACCAGACGAUGGAUAAGCAAUUAGGUCGCAUGGAGAGCUCGUUCCAGCACAUUGACGAGGAGCUUACCUUCGAGGCGCGGUAUGGUAGCUUCUCCCAUUGGGCGUACAAGGACGGCGAUGAGAAGAAGAAAGCCACCAACGAACGCUCGCGUCGCGAAGUCGCCGCUGCCAACAACCUUGCAGCUGCGGCAGCAGCGGUCCACGAAGUAGAUAUCGCUGCUUCCAGGAGCGAAGCCAGACGUGAGGCGUUGCUCGCGAAGCAGAGGAAUCGCAACCAUUACGUCGACUCCGAGUUCGAAGACAGCAGACCGGUGAAGAAGCCGCCCACAAACCGUGGCAAGAAGGUCGCCGAGCCCGUCGGCCCGCCCGAUGCUAGGCUCUAUGGGUUGGGUAUUAGCAAUGGGCCAGGCCAGACGAAUAAGAGACGCAAGACCGAAAAGGGCGUGGCAGCUGCGCCUGCAAUGGAACGAUCAUUAAGUGGAGCCAUGCAGAACGCCCAACCGGGCCGCGCAAGUCCAAGAGAAACGCCAGUAGCAGAGGGUGGUAAGAAGAGGUCCCGCGCAGCUCCAGCUCCCACGGCCAUCAAGAAGAGAACACAAGCACUCGGGGCCCAGUCCCCUCAAGCUCCUUCAUCACCAGUGAUUGGAUCUUUCCACCAAACAGGACCGAAUGCGCAGCGCCCGCAGUCUUCUCGCGCCCGUCAAAACUCUGCCACGAAUUCUACCCAUUCGAACACCCAAGAUCCCGCUCGAAAUCGGCCACCGUCAUCGGCGUCGAACCGCGCCGUCAACGGUACGGCGAAUCCGUUGGAAGCUGAGCAGGCUGCAAAUGGCGCCAUCGCGGAACAUAACAUGAAACGUGAGGAUACAGAUGCACAGGAUGGUUCUGGGACGCCUGUGCAGACAGUAGUUACCCGUGCUGGGCGCACAUCGAAGACUGCUACACCUGUCGUGGGUAGCUUCCCCGCAGAUGUGCCCAUGGCUCGAAGCCGCAGCACGCGGAAUAACGGCAGCAGCCACGCGUCUUCCGAAUCCAACGUGCCAAUUGCGUCGACGCAAUCGCAGAAACGGUCGCACAAGAAGGGCGCGUCGGCGCUCCAGCAGCAGGCGAACAACGUCGAUGAUGGCAGCAGCUUGGCCGGUGAUCUUUCCGGUCCGGACAUUGAGGAAGAGAUCGCAGACGAUGACGAAGACGGUGACCAGGAGCGCUUCUGUUACUGCAAUGGUUGGUUCCAUUACGCCUGCGUAGGCAUUACCAAGGAACCAAACAAGAAAGCGAAAUGGUACUGCGACGACUGCAAGGAGAAGAUGAAGCGAUCACGACCCGGAAGCCGGCAAUGA